CGAUUCAGAAACCAAUCAGGAAUUUUAUAUUGUCUCGGACUUGUUAUAAUUGUUAUUAUACGCUCAACAUAUACUUCGUGUUUUAAAUACAAACAUUGAUGGUCGUCGUAAAAUUGGUUAUGCUUUAACAGCUAUUAAAGGUGUUGGUCGACGAUUUGCACAUGUGUGUGUGCGCAAAGCUGAUGUUGAUUUAAACAAACGAGCUGGCGAAUUAUCUGACGAAGAAGUUGAGCGUAUAAUAACAAUUAUAACAAGUCCGAGACAAUAUAAAAUUCCUGAUUGGUUUCUGAAUCGUCAAAAAGAUGUUAAGGAUGGAAAAUAUAGUCAAGUAACAUCAAACAAUGUUGAUACCAAAGUGCGUGAAGAUUUAGAACGCUUAAAAAAAAUUCGUGCACAUCGUGGUUUAAGACAUUAUUGGAGUUUACGUGUACGUGGUCAACAUACAAAAACAACAGGCCGACGUGGAAGAACAGUUGGUGUAUCAAAAAAGAAAGCUUAA